AUGUUGUACAAAACUGUUUGUCUGUUUCUUUUUGUUGCUCUGUGCGCUUCCGGGGACACAUAUGACCCACAAAAAAAUGUACUUAUUCUAACAGAAAACGUAUGGAUCAAGGAAAGUCACUCACUUUUCAUAAAACAGCUCACUGAAAGAGGAUUUCAGCCCACAGUGCGAGUUGCUGAUGACCCUUCAUUAACGUUGACUAAAUAUGGAGAAUAUCUUUAUAGGCACGUGAUACUGUUGGCACCAUCAGUUAAUGAGUUCGGGGGAUCUCUCAGCGUGAAAGAACUGGUGAAAUUCAUCGACGAGGGUGGUAAUGUUGUGGUUACCGGAAGUAGCGAUAUUGGUGAAGCCAUACGAGAUCUGGGUAGCGAAUGUGGAGUCGAGUUUGAUGAAUCGGGCACAGCUGUAAUUGACCAUUUUAAUUAUGAUGUCGCUGAUGAUGGAACGCAUACGAAAAUUGUCGUUUCUCCGAAAAACUUGAUUAAGAGCUCCGUUAUUGUAGGGAGCGAGAAUAAAAAUGAUUUUCUUUACCGAGGAGUCGGAAUCUCCUCUGAUCCCACGAACCCGUUAUUGGUGAACAUAUUACAAGCUGAUCGAACUGCAUACAGUUAUAGUACCUCAAAGUCGGUUAUUGAUUACCCAAACACCGUUGGAACAAACACACAUCUCAUCGUUGCCCUUCAAGCUCGGAAUAACGCGCGCGUGUUGUUCUUGGGUUCACUGGAUUUCCUCUCAAAUGAGUUUUUCAGAUCUUCAACAAAAGCUGCAAUUUCUGAGGUAAUAUGUAAGGUUGACACGGAUCGACCUAUUUUGGGGGAAGGGAAGACGCCAUUGCUGUCGGUUCAGUUGUAUCAUCCAAUGUCUCCAACCAACCAGUUGCAGCAUAUUUCGGACCCCAACCUGGGCGCGAAACAUCUACCCUUCCUCAUCCUUCUGUGA